UCGAAAGUGGACUACUAUUGAUAAGGAGGGAGAAGCAGGGCAAAAAGGUAAUUUUAAACAAAGAAAUCUAUCCCCCUGUCAUUGCAGUUGACCAAUCAUUCACACUUCGAACCCACGUCUCUGCAACUCUGUCUCACUUUGCGUGUCUUCACGUUUGUUGAUACAAUCCUCUUACCUCUCUCUCUCUUUUACAAAUCUAACCUCAGAAUCCCUCCUCCCUACAUUUCUAACAAAACAGGCAAACAAUGUCGUUCGAUGACGAUGAGGAAUCCAUGGAACACACCCUCUUAGUAGUUCGUGAAGUUUCCGUCUACAAAAUCCCGCCCCGCUCCACAUCAGGCGGCUACAAAUGCGGAGAAUGGUUACAAUCGGACAAGAUCUGGUCAGGCCGGCUCCGGGUAGUUUCAUGUAAAGACAGAUGCGAGAUCCGAUUGGAAGAUCCGAACUCGGGUGAGUUAUUUGCAGCUUGUUUUGUAUUGCCGGGUCAGCGAGAGAAUUCGGUUGAGACAGUGCUUGAUUCCUCACGUUAUUUCGUGCUUAAGAUUGAAGAUGGGAGAGGGAAACAUGCGUUUAUUGGGUUAGGGUUUGGUGAGCGAAAUGAAGCCUUUGAUUUUAAUGUUGCUUUAUCUGAUCAUGAGAAAUAUGUUAGGCGAGAGAAUGAGAAAGAUAGUGCUGAGACUAGUGAAAGUGAUACUCAUAUUGAUAUUCAUCCUGCUGUUAAUCAUAGAUUGAAGGAAGGUGAAACUAUCCGAAUAAACGUGAAGCAUAAACCAUCUAGUGGAACUGGAAUGCUUUCAGCAGCAGGGCUGUCCGGGAGUGUUUCUGGUACUACAAAACCUAAACCUUUGGCUUUGGGCAUUGCUCCACCACCAAGUGGCGGAGGAAAAAUAAGGUCUCCACUUCCACCUCCUCCAAAUGAUCCAGCUGCUGCACGAAGGACUGCUACUAAUCACAGUGUUGGUCUCAGAGAACAGAAAGAAAAUACAAACUGUUCUACUGACCCUUUGUCAGAUCUUUCUCCACUCGAGAGAAAUCUUCCUUCAACAACAUCAGGAUCAACAAAGACAACUGCAUCAGGAUGGGCGGCUUUCUAGUUGUGUUGAGGAUUUACUGAGUCUGAAAUAUCCGUUUGAUGUUUUCCUUGAAAAAAGUGAAAAUGAACAACAUAAUUGAGAAAAGAAAGAAAACACAACCAAAUAAGUUCAUGUGUGGAAAAUAAUGUUUAAUGGAUUAUACUGAAUGCUUCAUUCUCCAGCAUGAACUUCAUGGUGUUCUUUUAUAUAUAAUAGAGAAAGUGAAUUCUUUUUUCAUUU